CCAAGAAACAUCCAACAAACUUCAUACCAAUUUCCAAUAUUUCUUACACUAAGCUAGAUCAGAUAUGAUGUGUAUAUAAAUGCCACAUGAAGUAGUAGUAUCAGACGCACUACUAAUCAUACACUAAGCAACCUCUACUUCCUUGUUUUUACCAUAACCAUCAUGGAAUCCACUUCCCAAACUAAUCAACUCAUCCUUGCCUCUUCAUCCUCUUCACUUCCGCGCAAGAAUUACGAUGUCUUUUUGAGCUUUAGAGGUGAAGACACACGAAAAUCCUUUACAGAUCACCUCUUUGCUGCGUUGUGCCGAGUUGGAGUUCACACUUUCAGAGAUGCAGAAGAGCUCCGUAAAGGAGAGGACAUCUCCACUGACCUCAUCAAAGCUAUUCAAGAAUCAAAGAUCUCCAUUAUUGUGUUCUCCAAAACCUAUGCCUCUUCCCGGUGGUGUCUUGAGGAGCUUGUGAAGAUAGUGGAAUGUAAAGAAAAGGCAAAUCAGGUGGUUCUCCCUGUAUUCUAUGAUGUUGAUCCUUCUCAAGUGCGCAAACAAACCGGUGAGUUUGGUGAAGCCUUGGCUCAACAUCAACAACGAUUUGGGACCAAAAAAGUUAGUCAAUGGAAAACAGCUCUGACCAAGGUUGCAAAUUUUUCUGGUUGGGAUUUACUGAACGAUGCUGAUGGGUAUGAAUCAAAAUUUAUUGACAAAAUUGUAGAAAAUGUUCUACAAGUGGUGAACCAUACAUACUUGAAUGUUGCCAAAUAUCCUGUUGGAAUUCAUUCUCGUAUUAGAAACAUACUUUCUUUCUUGCAAAGUGAAGCAAAUGAUGAUGUUCGUAUGAUUGGGAUUUAUGGUCUGGGUGGGGUAGGAAAAACAACCCUAGCUAAAGCUGUAUUUAACCAAAUUUAUAGAACAUUUGAUGGUAGUUGCUUUCUUGGAGAUGUUGGAAAAGAAUAUGCAAAUGUAGGUUUGAAAAGAUUACAAGAGCAACUUCUUUGUACACUUCUCAAUAGAAAGAGCUUGAAAGUUGAUCAUGUUGAUGAAGGAAUUAGUUUGAUCAAAGAAAGACUUGGAUUAAAAAAGAUUCUCAUUGUUGUUGAUGAUGUAGAUUGUGAGAGUCAAUUAGAUGCAUUAGUCGGGGACCGAAAUUGGUUUGGUUCUGGCAGUGCAAUUAUUGUUACAACUAGAAAUGUCAAUUUACUGAAUGGCCUCGGAAAAGAUUGUGAGAAGUAUAAUGUUGCAAUGUUAAGUCACGAGGAAUCUUUGCAACUCUUUAGUUGGCAUGCUUUUAAGAACCCAAAUCCUUUGAAGCCUUUUAUAGAACUAUCAAACAUGAUAGUAAUUUAUGCUGGUGGACUUCCUUUGGCACUUACUGUUCUAGGCUCACAUUUUCGAGCAAGAUCGUCCGUUCAAGAAUGGAGCAAUGACUUUGUGAAGUUAAGAAGUAUUCCUCAUAAUGAUAUUUUGGAGAUUCUCAAAAUUAGUUAUGAUGCACUUGACGAUGAUACUCAAAGAAUCUUCUUAGAUAUUGCAUGCUUUUUUAUAGGUGGAUUCUAUGAAGAAUACAUUAUUAUGGUGUUGAAUGGUAGUAAUUUCUAUGCUCAAAGUGGAAUUAGAACUUUGAUUGAUAAGUGCUUGUUAGCAGAAGAUCUCUCUAUGCAUGACUUAGUCCGAGAUAUGGGAAGAGAAGUUGUUCGCAAAGAAGCGCCUAUACAGCCUGAAAAAAGAAGCAGAUUGACUUUAGCUGAUGAUGUCUUUGAUGUUCUCAAGGGUGACAAGGGUACCGAAGCAAUUGAAACAAUGAUCAUAUAUUUGCAAAAAAAUGUGAAUUUGAAUACUAAGGUAUUCUCUAAAAUGACCAGAUUAAGAUUACUCAAAAUCUUGUCCAUGAAUGUUAGGGGAUCUUUAAAAUACUUGUCCAAUGAACUCAGAUUGCUUUAUUGGAAAAAUUGCCCUUUGAGAUGCAUAUCGUCUGAUCUUUGCUUGGGAAAACUUGUUAUUUUAGAAAUACAAGGUGACAAUAUUGAGGAAUUCCAACCUAAUUUGCAGCAUUUUACAUGCUUGGAGGUCUUAGUGCUUGCUCUUUGCAAGAAACUUAAAAGAGCCCCCAACUUUGGUGGAGCACAUAGUCUAAAGAAACUCUCCCUGUGGGGUUGUUCAAAGUUGGUUGAAUUGCCACAAUCAAUUGAGGAUUUAAAAAACCUUGUCCAGUUAGAUUUGGGUGCUUGCAAGAAUCUCAGGGCCCUUCCUAGUAGCAUUUGUGAGUUGAAAUCUCUUAAGGGUCUUAAUCUGCAAGGGUGCUCCAAGAUAAAAGAAUUGCCUGCUAACUUGGGAAAAUUGGAGCAAUUAGGUCUGCUUAAUGCAACUGAUACUUUGGUGUCACAUCUACCUUUUUCUUGCGGAUCUUUGAGAUAUCUCAAAACUCUGCUACUACCACCGUUGUUGGAAGGGUAUAGGAGUGUGAAACCUAUUGGGCAUUUGACAUCUUCAUAUGCUAAUUUAUGUUCCUUGGAAACUCUAAGGGCUCCUUACCAAUCUUUGCAGCAUUUAUCCUUAUUGGCAAAUUUACAUCUUCAAACUGGUCAUGGGAAUUUAUCCUUAUUGAAAGAUUUAGAUCUAAGGUAUAGUUGUUUCCAUUCCUUUCCCUUAAACCUUUGUCAUCUUGCCCAGCUACAAGUACUCCGCUUGGACAACUGUCUGAACCUUCAAGUGAUUAAAGAUCUUCCACCUUGCCUGGAGAAUCUCUUUGCAGUAAAUUGUCCCUUGCUAGAAAGCGUACGAGAUCUUCCACCUAGCUUAAAGGAUCUCUUGUUAGAUGAUUGUCCCUUGCUGGAAGACAUACAAGACCUAUCUGGCUUAAUAGGGCUACAUUAUUUGUAUUUUUAUAACUGCAGCAAUUUGAUUGAGCUUCGAGGCCUUGAGAAUCUCGUUGAGUUAAGAGAAAUUGACAAUAGAAAUUGUAGCACUCUGAGCAGUAAAUCUUGGUUUGUGAACUUGUUUAAGGCACUUUUGCAAAACCCAAACUGCCGUGAAUGGCUUAAAAUGAGUGUUUCCAAAGACAUGGUUUCAAAAUACUUGUGCAGCAAUAAUGAAGUAGCUGGGUGUUCAUCAAAUUACAGAUUGCCAUUGUUUUUGAAGAAAAAAGGGAUAUUUAUUGUUGUGGAGAUUUUAUGUUUGUUUCGGCUGAAAUUUUUGGAUUACAAAAUGAUUGGAACAGAGUUGAUAUAUCCAGAUGAUGAUAUGGAGGUUCGAUGCACAGUAUAUAAUCUUUUUACAGAACCCAAUAAAUUCGAAGAAGUAGAGGAGCUUAUAGAGUUGCAUUCAUCGUCUGAGGAAAAAUGGAAAGAUAGAAGCAUUCUUCAAACAUGUAUAGUAUAUGAAGAAGAGGGUGAGGUAUACUUCAUUCCUAUGAACCCAAAUGUGGUGAUAAAAUUCCAUCCUCAAUCUACAGACGAUGAAAUUACAGGCAUGGAAAGAGAGCAGCAGAAUGAAGGGAGUUGCAUUUGGGAUGUUGUAUGCCUGCACCCUUUAUUUCUAUGUCUUGGUUUUUCUGACUGACACACAAUUAGCUCAAUUGAUUAACUAUUUUAUGGCU